AUAAUUUUGCUAAGGUUUCUACAAGCAAUCCCCUUGCUAUCUACACCUGGAACAUUUCCUGGACUAUGAAAGAAGCUUUCCCAUUGGCUACUCCCAGAACAAGGCACAAUUUUGACUGUAACUUCGAGUCUCCGUGUGAUCUGGAGUAUUCCCUGCCGCCAUAUGGCGCCAAAGCCUGGAGAAUCGCCACCGCCGAGGAACUACUACAGCGCUACAUUUUCAGCGGCCCCCCUGGCGAUUACUCCGAGAAUUCAACAACAGGGCAUUUUUUGUACCUGAAUGCUUCAACAGCCCACAACCCCAUACUGCUGAGUCCCUGGCUGAAGAGCAGUAGUCGGAACUGUCUAGUGGAAGUCGCUGUCUACACCCAGAAGAACGGCAGAUACAUCGGUCACGUUCAGCCAAUCAACAGAACUAGUUAUGAGGUCCUAUUCACGCCGAGGCAGAAGAAGACUGGAUGGGUGCAGCUCCGAGGGGUAAUUGGGCACAUGGAGAGGCCCUUCCGGAUCUCGCUGGAGUAUGUCGCUGAAGAACGGGGAACAGUCGCUGCCGUGGAUUCCUUCGCUAUCAGAAACUGCAGUCAAGGAAACCUGUCGGGACUGAAGAUGGCGCUGGACGGGGUGUUUAACUGCAGGAACGGAAUGGCCAUCAAACUGCGCCAAGUGUGCAACUUCAUUCCCGACUGCGAAGAAGAGGAGGAUGAAGGAGACCUGUGCAGGAAUCUGCCCCCUGGAUUUUACUGUAUGUUUGAGGAGGGCAGUUGCGGAUGGGCGCUGGAUCACUUGAAUUCUCGGUGGCAAGUCGGUUCUGUAGGGAAGUCGCCAGGCUCGGUGCUGUACCUGAAUGUCAGUAACUCCAAGUCUGCGGCGAGGGACGUCCUGAGCAGUGUCCUGUUCCCUGCGCCCCUCAAGAACUCCUCGUGUGAGCUACGGAUGUCAUUCCUGCUGAAGGGAUUUCUGCUCGGGAACAUCUCCGUGCUGCUUGUUGAUAAUAAAACAGGGAAGGUGCGGACCCGGCCCCUCUGGAGCUUUGAGAACGGGGAAGGUUUGGGGGUUUGGCAGCACAUUGUGCUCUAUCUUAAGGAUGUCAUGGAGAGGUUUCGUUCCCACAGGUUCUGGCUGGAGAUCCACACAUCGUGGGCCCAGGAGUCGGAUUCUAUUAUUGCCUUUGACAACGUGUCGCUGAGCCUGGGCUGUUACCUAACAAGUAAUGGGGAGCUGCCCUUGCAAACGGUCUCGUACCUUUCCAGCAACCUCCUAAUGGAGAGCAGCAACCAGAGGCUCAACGACACUGAGGGGGAUGAGCAGGAAGAAGAUCUGAACUCAGGUCUCCACCCCAGCAGCGCGGGGGCAGGUUAUUGGCAUUUCACUACAUGUGGGGCCACAGGGCCCUAUGGACCAAGCCAGAAGCUCUGUGAUGACACCUACAAGAACUUUAGUGUAGAGAUGGGAACUGGAGGGCUUAAAGGUGUGCAGAUGUGGCGAGUUCCAGAAACCAACACAUACAGGAUUUCAGGUUACGGAGCGGCGGGGGGGAAUGGAGGGAAGACCCCCACAUUGGCUCAAGGCAUCUCAUUAAUUGGGAUCUUUGAGCUCCAGAAGGACGAGAUCCUGUAUAUUCUGGUUGGGCAGAAGGGAGAGGACGCCUGCCCCCGGGCCAAUUCUGUGCUGCAGAUGGUUUGUAUUGGGGAAAACACUGAGAUUGAGGAUGAAUUGCGGAUUAACGGCAGUGUGAGCGAGUGGGCGGGAGGAGGAGGCGGCGGAGGCGGAGCAACAUACGUCUUCAAGAUGGAGAGUGGAAAGCCUGUCCCAUUGCUGAUAGCGGCAGGGGGGGGCGGAAGGGCGUAUCGCUCCAAGGCCAGUGUAAUCCCCCCCGAGAGACUGGAGAGCAAUUACACCAUCCCGGGAAUGAAUGGCAAAUCAGGGGCAGCAGGUGGCGGUGGCGGAUGGAAUGAUCACACUGCGUUACCGUGGGCGGGCAAGUCCCUAAUGGAAGGCGCCAUUGGUGGAGAAUCCUGCCCCCAGGCCGUUAAGAAGUGGGGCUGGGAGACUAGAGGUGGAUUCGGAGGGGGCGGAGGGGGAUGUUCCUCAGGAGGCGGAGGAGGGGGAUAUAUUGGAGGAAACGCUGCUGAGGGUAACAGUGCAGAAAUGGAUGGGCUGGAAGGCGUGUCCUUUAUCAGCCCCCGGGGGGUUGUCUACACCCCUCCCUUAAAAGUGAUAGAGGGACACGGGGAGGUGGAGAUCAAACUGCACCUGAACUGCAGUCACUGCGAGAUGGACGAGUGUCUCCUGGAUCCCGAGAGCAAGAGAAUCGUCUGUCUAUGUGAGCGCGGCACUGUCCUGGCUGAGGAUGGGGUCUCCUGUAUUGAUGAGGCGUUGGCGCCGGCCCAGGAGACGCAUCUGCCACUGUCGCUGGUUUUGUCCAUUGUGACGUCGGCCCUGGUGGCGGCUCUCAUAUUGGCUUUCUCUGGGAUAAUGAUAGUGUACCGAAAGAAGCACCAGGAGCUACAGGCCAUACAGAUGGAGCUGCAGAGCCCGGACUAUAAGCUCAGCAAGGUCCGAACCUCCACCAUCAUGACGGACUAUAACCCCAACUAUUGUUUUGCCGGGAAGGUCACCUCUAUCGGCGACCUCAAGGAAGUACCGCGCAAAAAUAUCUCCCUUAUUAGGGGUUUGGGGCACGGGGCAUUCGGAGAAGUGUAUGAAGGGCAAGUGCUGGGUACCCCAAGUGACCCGAACCCUUUAAAGGUGGCAGUGAAGACUCUUCCAGAAGUUUGUUCCGAACAAGACGAACUGGACUUUCUGAUGGAAGCUCUGAUUAUAAGUAAAUUCAGCCACCAGAACAUAGUGCGGUGCAUCGGUGUCAGCCUGCAGGCGCUGCCCCGGUUUAUCCUCCUGGAACUCAUGGCCGGAGGGGACCUGAAAUCCUUCCUCAGGCAGACGCGGCCCCGGCUGAACCAGCCUUCCUCCAUCACCAUGUUGGACCUAUUGAACGUGUCUUGUGACAUCGCCCAGGGCUGCAAGUAUCUGGAGGAAAACCAUUUCAUUCACAGGGAUAUCGCUGCCAGGAAUUGUCUCCUUACCUGCCAGGGGUCGGGACGGGUGGCCAAGAUUGGAGAUUUCGGGAUGGCGCGGGACAUAUACAGGGCCAGCUACUACAGGAAGGGAGGCUGCGCCAUGUUGCCCGUCAAAUGGAUGCCACCCGAGGCCUUUAUGGAGGGGAUCUUUACAUCUAAGACCGACACGUGGUCCUUCGGAGUCCUGCUGUGGGAGAUCUUCUCUCUGGGAUACAUGCCCUACCCCAGCAAGAGUAACCAGGAGGUGCUGGAGUUUGUAACGAGCGGAGGAAGGAUGGAUCCCCCCAAGAACUGUCCGGGGCCGGUGUAUCGCAUUAUGACCCAGUGUUGGCAACACCAGCCAGAAGACAGGCCCAACUUUGCCAUCAUACUGGAGAGAAUCAACUACUGCAAACAGGACCCGGAUGUGAUUAACACGUCUCUGCCGGUGGAAUACGGGCCGGUGGUUGAAGACGAGGAGAAGGCCCCUGUGCGCUCCGACGACCCGGACGUGAUUCCGCCGGCGCUGGUUCCGCCAGAAAAGCCCAUUAAAGACGACCUGCAGCCCCUACGUUCUCCGCCGCCGGUUCCUCCCAACCCCCGAGGGAAAAUCCCCAAUAAAGUUCACACGGAGCCGCGUGUUCCCGCCAAAUCCCGGCCGGAAGGGGGUGGCGGCCACGACAACGCGGUGUUUGCUCGGCCCAACCCCCAGGCGGAGCUUCGAGGCUCCAGGAACAAACCCACCAACCUCUGGAACCCGACCUACGGCUCUUGGUUUACCGGGAAAACAGUGGUGAAAACUCCCGGCCCUCCGGAUAAACCGACCCCCGAGAAGGAGAACCCCCCAAGCUCAGUCACCGAGGGGAACUGCACGGCUGCCAAUCGGGUCGCGGGGAGUCGACUCCCAGGAUCCUCUCUGCUACUGGAACCAUCAACACUGACUUCUAACGUUCAGGAAGUGCCUCUCUUCAGGCUCCGCCACUUCCCCUGCGGUACAGUCAACUAUGGCUACCAGCAGCAGGGCCUGCCCAUAGAGCCGCCCAUGGCCCCGCCCCCAUGCCCACAGAAAGACUCCGCCCCCAGGAGUACGAGCAGCAGUGCCCAGGAGAAACUCUAACUCCCAGUAACUCUUUCUAGUGUCGUUCUUAUCCAGGAGAAGCCAAUAGGAUAUUUUCCGUAUCGCCGCACGAAGCCACACCCAUCAGAUCCCACGCAUGAACCACCUGUGCUUAGCCCCUCCCACAAACCAAACUGACCCCCCCCAGAGAUGGAGAAAAGGGCAACAAUCGGGGAAAAAAUCCCUGAAUACCAAAAACAGGAUUUCUGCUCCUCCCACAGCCAAACUCUGCUUCCUAUUGGUUAAUCAGUCCCGCGCUUUUUGUAUCCAGCGCAGUGAUGAUUGGCUGUGGGGUAGAAAUCCUGUUUGUACUGUUGGGGGGGCUAUUGUAUUCGGCUCGGUUAUUGGCACCUUUAUAUAUCACUAUAUUGGCAUUAUUUAUAUAUUACGUAUCAGCCAUUUGGAACAAAGGAGCAGAGUUUUC